GGACGACAGCUGUGACGUAACACAGGCGAUUUUGAUUUUAUGACAUUUCAAGACAGCGUUGAUUGUGUAUAUAAACGCGACGGGAUUUCUGAAAACUUCAGAAAAAAAACACAACCCGUCAGAAGGGUUAGAGCAGCAGGAACGGUUACUUAGGAACGAAAAAAAUAACUAAAAAAAACAAAAAGAAAUAUAUAUAAUAUUAUAAAAAAAAUAAGAAAAAUUAAGAAAAGACGAAAAUACAAAAGACAAAACAAAUUUAAGAUUUGAAAGAGAAUCAAUCAAGAUGAAACUCUUUUUACAAGCAGCUUUAUGUUUCGUUUUCGUAGCAGCAGUGUUUGGACAAGGUUAUGGCAGGAGGCAAAGACGGCCCAAGGUCCUUCGUACAGCAGGAUUUGACCCCAUCUCAGAUCUCUUUGGUACUGGUGUAGGUAGACUUAGAGGAGGUCGGAGGCGCGUUAUGCCCGAUCACAUCAAAAAGAUACUUGGGAGUACAGUUACUGGUGAAGCUAUUGUUGGGGGCAUGGGUGAUUUUCCACGACACGGGGGCACACUAAAUGAAGAUGGACUCGUGAACGGCUGGGGAGCAGACCCUAAUCAACCUAUUAUUUCUGCUGUUGACAUGUGGAGCGACCCUUUGAAUGGAGCUGCAUUUCCAACAGACUACAAUGGUCAAGAAUUGGUCUUUGAUACAAGAUUAAACAGAUAUGUAGUGAAGAAGGACGGCUCAGUUGGACACCAGAUUGCAAAAGAAUCCCACGUUGCUGCAAAAACUGGAGGUAUCAUUUCUGGUGGUGUACCGUCAAGUCACAAUACCGUGAAAGCUGAACAUAACAUUGUCAAAGAAGCAAACCAUAUUGCAAGAAAAACCAUAGGGGGAGUUGGCGUUGUCGGGAGUCCCAUUGGUGUUGAUCCCAUUUCACACAACAUAGAUAAAAAGAUGACUUUUGGAACUGGGUCAGCUGGAACUUUGAUGGAUCCAGUUGGUCACAACAUUGGAAAAUCGACUCUCGGUGCCGACGCUGUUGUCGGUCACAAUUUAGCUAAGACUUCAGGUAGAGCAGUCGGUAUAGGAUUCCUUAACCCUGGCGGUCCAGUUGCUACUCGAAUGGCUCACGACAUCGCCAAAUCAACAGGCGUAGUUAGAGCUGAUCCAUUUGGGAUUGGAAUUGAUCCAUUCGGACAAGUAUCUCAUGGAGCCGUUAAAGCAUCCAGUGGAAGACAUAUUGGAGUUUCCAAGCUCGGUCCAGUAAAUGUGGGACAUGUCGGAUUUGAUGCUCCUGAAGUUAUCGCUCAUAAAGUUGGCAAGGCUACUCUGGGUACAGAUGCUGUGGUAGGUCAUAACAUAGCAAAAUCCUCGGGUAGUCCAGUUGGUAUAGGCUUCUUGAACCCUGGCGGUCCAAUUGCCUCUCAAAUGGAACACGACAUUGCAAAAGCAACAAGUAAUGUUGCUAUUGACCCAUUCGAUACAGUUGGUCAUGAUAUUGCAAAAGCUACAGGCGGAGUUGGCAGACCACAUGUUGGAAUUGUUGGUAAAACAACAAAUCCUGUACACAAUGUAAACAAAGUUGGACAGGCCGGACUUGCAGGCAUGGGUCAUGAUCCACUGGCUGCUUCCCUAGGACACGGCAUUGCAAAACAAGCGAUGGGAGAAGCAGCUGCUGCCGUAGAGAUGGGAUCAAGAGGGGGUGUAUCUGCUGGCGAUCCAAUUGCCGUUGCCGCCACUCAUGGUCUUGUGAGAGAAUCUCUUCAUGUUGCUGGUAAGACUUUAGAUAUGGCCUCCUCUGGCGUAACUGGGGGAAGACGUGUUGGUGUUGGCUUGGACAAUUAUGGUAAAGGCUCGGGCAUGAUUAGAGGAAGUCGUGUUGGCAUGGAUAUCUUUGGUCAAGGUCCGUUUGUUCAUCCAAAACCUGUAAAGAAACCUCCUCCAAAAUUCCCGACUGGAUACGGCCGAAGAAGAGUUUAAACAGAUCUUCAGCCAGGAAUACAGUGCAAUAUCGUCUGCAAUAUUGUCUUCUACCUAUUAUUUUUACUUUAUUAAGUAAAGGGAACGACUUCUGCGAAUCCAGCUCCAAUGUAUCGUUGUGAUAUCUGUCAUUAUUAUUUGUAAAAAAAGAAAAAACAGUAUAAAUAAAAAUGCAAAAAUAAAAA